UUUAUCUCUCAUUGUUUAGUUCAUCAAGCAGAAGAAGAAAGGGUUGUGAACGUCUCGUACUUCUUUUUAAAUAGUUUUUUCGUUGUCAAUUAUGGAUUUAUGACUCUCCCUUCAGUAGAAAUGAACUGACCGGACUGGAAACGGCACAGAGAGGACGGAAUGAUUUGGAGCAGUGAAAGGUCGUGGCGGCCUCAUCAGUAGUCGUCACCACGGCGGGGGAUCUCCGAACGUCAGUCUGCAGGGUGGUCAUCUACCUCCAAAGGGACAUGUCUGGGGAAAGCUGCCUUCCCCAACAACACAGCCAGUCCGAGUACAUCCCUCCAGCUCCUCCACUGGCUUGUCCCAAGACCAAGACCUGCAGUUACCGAGGAGCGGCUGGUCUGGGCAACAAGUACAUUCGGCUUAACGUCGGAGGGGUGCUGUUUUACACCACUCAGCAAGUGCUCACAAGGGAAGACUCCAUGCUGAAAGCCAUGUUCAGUGGGAAGAAAGAAGUGUUCACAGAUAAAGAAGGUUGGAUCCUGAUUGACCGUAGUGGGAAACACUUUGGCAGUAUCCUCUGUUACUUGCGGGACGGCACUGUCAUUUUACCCAAAGGCCGUCAGGCAGUCCAGGAGCUGUUGGCCGAGGCAAAGUACUAUCUCAUCCAAGGCCUAAUAGAACUUUGCCAGAACACCCUGCAGGGCAAUAACGAGCAACCCCAGUGUGUUAUUCCUGUGAUCACGUCAAAUAAAGAAGAGCAGCGACUCAUCCAGGCCUCCUCUAAGCCUGUAGUGAAGCUGGUGUACAACAGAAGCAACAACAAGUACUCCUACACCAGUAACUCGGAUGACAACUUGUUGAAGAACAUCGAGCUGUUCGAUAGGCUGUCGCUCAGCUUCAACGGCCGCGUCCUGUUCAUGAAGGAUGUGAUAGGGGACGAGAUCUGCUGCUGGUCUUUUUACGGUCAGGGCCGCAAGCUGGCCGAGGUGUGUUGCACCUCUAUCGUCUAUGCCACAGAGAAGAAACAAACCAAGGUGGAGUUCCCUGAAGCUCGCAUCUACGAAGAGACUCUGAACACCUUGCUUUAUGAGACGGCGCCACUGCCCGACAACUCCCUGCUGGAGGCCACGCGGCGGAGCUACAACAGCUGCGGUUCCCACAGCGAGGAAGAGGAGGGGCCGGGAGGAAGUGAGCUGCGUGAGCGCGUUCGACACAUCCACGUCAAGAGGUACAGCACUUACGAUGACCGGCCGCUGGGACACUGAGGCUGAAACCACAAAAAUCCACUGGACAGAUUUCUGCCCGACCAUUUUUUUUUUUUUUUUUUUUCCUCACUAAGCCCUAAGACGCUCAUGUUUGUGGAACCUUGACAUUAUUUUUUCUUCUACAUUCAAAGGAAGUCGGUAUCAUGGCAUUUUUUUUUGCUCUGUUUAUCAUGGUGGACUAAUUGCUGUCAAAAGAUCCAGAGAAACCCCUAUAUAUGUAGAACUGUAGGUUUCAUGAAAAGAUGAGUAGCAAUAGAGGAAAUAAUCACUAAUCUCAUGGUAGAAUCACCUGCUUACAGUUUGCAUCCAGAGUAGAAUAUUUUUCACAUUUACCAAUCUUUUUUUUAUUUUACACUCUUACAGACUGUUUUAUGCCAAAGUUUAGUUUGUGUUUUAAAUUGACCAGAGUUGCCGUGCCUAUAAUGUGUUGAAAUGCUGCUUACCAGAAUGCCUUUUAUCAAUUGUGACGAUAAAACUUGUCGUUAUAUUCUCA